CUUUAUCCCAUAUUAAUGUUCUACUACAUUUAUAUCUUUAUAGUUACAACUGGCACAGAAGGAACAUCGCCAACAGUUGUUUGUGCCGAGGUUAAAGGUAUGGAGGACCCUGCUAUUAUUCCCACUUCCAGUAUAACAGCACCAGGCGUUUCCAAUCCCGAAAACCUUAGACCAGGAACUGCAACCACAGCUACAUUCCCUGCCCAAACUUCGCCAAUUAGUGUAACAAUCGAUUUGGCACCCAUCACUGAUGAAACGGUAGAAAUUAAAUCAGUGGAACUUGUAUCACCACAGAAUGUAGGAUCUAUCAGGGUAUUUGUAAUUGCAACUGGUGGUUCAGAAACAGAAGCAACUUAUUUGACUGCAGUAAGUAUAAACACGCUUGCUAUUAAGACUCUAUUCCUUAAGAGUUUUUUGUUUACAAGAACUGAUGUUUUCUAUUAUUUUUACAGACUGAUUUAUCAGCACCCAUUCCUAAAGCUACCUUCCCUGCUGGUACGGAAGCUGCACAAAUCAGAGUCGAAGUAACCCAAACCAAUAACGAUUCCGAAACAAGUUUCUCUCUUGAUGUUAGAGCAUGUUUCGAAGAAACAAGUGUGUCCGGCACAUCACCCACUGAAGCAGGAACAUCACCCACUGAAGCAGGAACA